AUGCGGUCAUUGCGACAUCUGAACCGAUCACCGGGCCACCCAAUCAUUGGCCGCUCACCCCGGCACGUGACCAGCCCACCUGUGCCAGCAGCCAAGAGAGAAUGUUUCGUCAAACUGUCACCAACAGAACCAGCCAAACACAGCCAGCACAUCCGGGACGUUCUGGGGGACUUUUUGUCCUGGCUGACCCUUGACCAUGACCUUUUGGCGCAGGCGCACCCGUACACUCUCAUUAAGUCCGGCCUCUUCCCUCAUGUCUUGCAGACCCUACCGUUCUACUACAGCUCACGAUUCGAGAGGAAAGAGGAUUUCCUCCCGUGCAGGUGUCCCAAAUGCCUCAGUCGAUCGCCUUACGCCUACCCCACUUUAGGCCGACCCGUCCCCCACAUGAUGCCAUCACUGCGCCCCAUGCCCCUCCCCCUCCCUCUCACACCCCCAUCCCCCUCCGACUCCUUAUCCAGCCCGGGGUCCUCCCUCUCGCACAUGACGUCAUCGCCACGGUCCAACAUGACGUCAUCUCCCCUCUCCCACAUGACGUCGUCGACCUUGUCCAACCUGACUUCACCUUCGCUCCCACAGUUCCCCGCCCGCCAACCACACGUGACGUCACCGCCCAGUUCCAGCAUGCUUCCCUCCCCGCGGGAACUUGACUCCCCGUUACCAGGGCAACACCAGACACUGUGCAUGGGUACCGGUGACCUCUUCAACAACGUGCCCUUGAACCUUUCAGCGCGGCCCAAGCUCAAGGAGUCUCGCUCGUCUAAAGAAAGAUCGUUCCAGUGCCGAGAGUGUGGCAAGACGUUCAAGAGGUCAUCGACCCUGUCCACCCACAUGUUGAUCCACAGCGACACCCGACCCUACCCCUGCCCCUACUGUGGGAAGAGGUUCCACCAGAAGUCGGACAUGAAGAAACACACGUACAUACACACAGGCGAGAAGCCCCACAAGUGCACCAUCUGCGGGAAGGCCUUCAGCCAGUCAUCGAACCUGAUCACACACAGCAGGAAACACACGGGCUACAAGCCCUUCUCCUGCCUCAAGUGUGGCAAGUCUUUCCAGAGGAAGGUCGACAUGAGGCGACACAUUGAGCUGGCCAACCAUUACUGAGGCGACACAUCAUGCGACACAUCAGGCGACACAUCAGGCGACACAUUGAGCUGGCCAAUCAUUACUGAGGCGACACAUCAUGCGACACAUCAGGC